AUGUCACUUUGGGUUGAUAAAUAUCGACCAAAGACUUUAUCACAAUUAUCAUAUCAUGAUUCAAUUACUCAAAAUUUAAGAGGGUUAUCUAAAUCUGGAGAUUUUCCACAUUUAUUAAUGUAUGGUCCUAGUGGUUCUGGUAAGAAAACAAGAAUUUAUUGUACAUUAAAUGAAAUAUUUGGUUCAUCAAUUGAAAAAUUAAAAAUUGAUGUUAAAACAUUUGUUACUUCAUCAAAUAGAAAACUAGAAUUUAAUGUUUUAAGUAGUCCAUAUCAUUUAGAGAUUACUCCAAGUGAUAUGGGUAAUAAUGAUCGUGUUGUAAUUCAAGAUUUGUUAAAAGAUGUUGCAUCUACUGAACAAGUUGAUUUUAGUAAUCAAUCAUCAAAAAGACAUAGAUUUAAAAUUGUUAUUAUAAAUGAAGCUGAUUCAUUAAGUAGAGAUGCUCAAGCUGCAUUAAGAAGAACUAUGGAAAAAUAUUCAUCAAAUAUUAGAUUAAUUUUAGUUUGUAAUUCUAUUUCAAAUAUUAUUGCACCAAUUAAAUCAAGAACUUUAUUAAUUAGAAUUCCAAGUCCAACACCAAAUGAAAUUGGUAAAAUUUUACAUAAUAUAACUGAAAGAGAACAGGUUCAACUCUCAUCUGGAGAUGUUGAUAAAUUUUAUGAAAGAUUAGCAUUGGCAAGUAAUAGAAAUUUAAGAAGAGCAUUAUUAAGUUAUGAAACAUUAGCAAUGCAAAGUGAAACUAUAAACAUAAGCUCAAAUCAGCAGUUAAUAAAUUUAGAUUGGGAAACAAUUAUAAAAUCAAUGGCAAAAGAUAUCACCACCAGUAGAAACGUUUCAACAAUUGCAAAAUUAAGAACAACUAUAUAUGAAUUAUUAAGUCAUUGUAUACCUGCAAGGAUUAUAUUAAAGACCUUAUUAUUUGAUUUGGUUGACUUACAUCAUGAAAAUAAUAAAUUAGUUGAGGAAGUUGUAUCAACUGGCUCAAUAUUUGAUGAAAGAUUAAGUUUAGGUACAAAGAGUAUAUUUCAUUUAGAGGGGUUUAUUGCAAGAUCAAUGGUUGUAAUUGAUAAAUAUAUUAGAUAA